AUGUCUUAUUCUGACACGGUGCGCGUGGCCGGCACCGUGGCGAGAUAUAUCAUGAGCCUCAUGGAUUCGAUUGUCUCGCAGUGUGGCCCGCUGGCGAGCGUAUUUGCGAAAUUGGACGGUCUUCAGAGCCUGCUACAGAUUGGUUUGGCUGUGGUCUCCGACGACAUAGGACCCUCUCGUGAUUUCUGGCUCGAGUUCGACUACUUGGAAGUCUUUCUGGCCCUAAGGUCCUCAAUGCACAUGAUCAUCGCUGGCAUGCAAAAUGGAGAGCCAGCCCCCUUGGCCUAUUGUGGCGAAGCCUUAGUACUACAGGUAGAGAAACUGCACAGAAGACUUCAAAGGGUGCAAUAUCCUGAGACGGGCUCGCUGAAGGGUGUUUUGCGUCUGCUAAGGAGUCAUAUGGACAUUUUCUUUACUGACCCUGGUUCCCUUUUCAAGUACGACGUCGCCUCCACCCCUGGCAGUGAAGCCUCUUUCCCCCGCCCCUGGAGCGACGAUGCUUCCCCUGAAACAGAGGAGCUGGUCUAGGCAGCCUGCUUCGGUCGGAAGCUUGGCUAUCGGAUUGGGAAUCCUUAUUGCAAAACGUGCCAACCUGGAAGUGAUCUGUUUACGGAAGUUGACCAAAAGUCUUGCG